AUGCCCCCUCAAGACCUGGCACUGAUGCAGCAGUUAGUACGGCUUCAACAAGAGAACACAAGCCUGAGGGGGUAUGCAGAGAGGGUGACGAAAGAACUAAGGAGCGCCCGCCUCUCACAAGCUGUAACUGCCGCGGCUGCUGCCGUAUGCGGGAAUGAUACAGCAAGAUGCUCUGCUGUAGCUUCAGAUUUACAACAACAGGCGGAGGGGCUGCCUUUGCCCCCAUGGUGUCUGAAUAUGCAGCUAGUUAGCCCCCUUCUUGCAGCAUACGACGAACGGAUACUAGAGCUCCAAGAAGAGGCAAAAUCGAAAGAAAAAAUCAUAGAAAAUUUUAGUGCGAAAGUGAUGGCGGUUACAACAGAAAACGAACAGCUGGCAGAAGAGCUUCGCAGCAAAACAGCUAGGCUUCAGCAACUGUUUGAGGCUGAGGCUGGCAGCACCGCAGGCACUGGCGCACUUGGCUCGGUCAGUGCGGGAAAACCAUAUAGCUCCCUUUUACAAGAGAAGAAUGAGCUAGAAGAGCUUUACAGUUUGACUUCAGAACAAAGUGAGGUAUUAUUAAGCCAGAACCACUUACUCAAAUGCCAUGUGGAACAAAGUGAAGCUGCACUAGAGGAGAUGCGCACGGUAAUGGCGGAGACAGAGAGGCGGGCUGCAGCGGUUGCAGCCAGAGAAGAGAAGCUAGCAAAGCAGGAAGACACAGUGGCGGAACAGGCACUGCAGUUGCGGGAAGCAGUCGAAAGAAACAAUGAAUUAUCCAAGCGGCUUGCUCUAGCCGAAAAGGAUGUACAGCGGCUGUCUGCCGAAUUAGCAACGGCGCUACAGCAGCAGGAGUCUCAGCUUCAAGAACUGCAGCAAGAACGUGCCGCUGCAGCUGCGGCCGCUGCGCUGCAACAAGAGCAUGAAGGGCUUAAGAAACAGGUGGAGUCGGCAGCCAGGGAGACAGUUGCAGCAAAAGAGGUAGCGGACUACCUCGAGCAGAGACUAGCUACACAGGCCCAUGACGCCGAAGAGGCAAGGAAACAAUCAGAAAGUAUCACACAGCAGCUUCACGCUGCUGUUGUGGAAAAGGAGCGAGCAGUAGCCAGUGCAUCUUUGCUUCAGCAGCAUCUAGAUCAGUUAAGGGGGCAGCAUGAAACGGAGCUACGGCUUUUGCGUGCUGCUCAAGGGGACACUCUAGAAAGACGGGCCUUGCAAGCAGAGGAGCUUGCAGAGAGACUACGACAACAGCUUGAGGCACUCCAAAAGUCCCACGGCGAGGCGAUAGUAAAGUUAGAAGCAGCAGAAAGGAGGACAGCAGCAGCAGCUGCUGAAGCAAAACAGGCUCGAACCGAGCUUGCUGCUUCUACAAAGCACCACCAAACGUUAGAGCAACACCGUCAGCAGGCGCAAGCUGCUGCUGAGUCCGAAGUAGCUCGGCUUAAAGAGGUGCUCACUACACAGGGUAAGGAUGCUGCAGCAAAAUCAGCUGCACUUGCUGCUUCCAAAAAACAGCUGGAAGACAGCCUUGCAGCAGCAGAGUCGGCACGACUUACCUUGCAGCAGCAACAAGUGUUGUUGAAUCAAAGGUGCGAGCAACUACAGGAGACGUGCAACACGCAACAGCAGCAGAUUGCAGAAGUUACGGCAAAACUAGCGACUGCAGAAGCGGAAGGUGACGCAGCAAAACGCAGGGCGGAACGAGAGACGGCGGAGGUUAAGAGGCGUUGUGAUAGCCUGACUGCCUUGGCAGAGGCAAAAGCAGCACGAAUACAGGAGGCAGCAGACAGGAGACAGAUAGCUGCGGCACAGAGACUGCUAGAGGAGCAGCAACAAAGGGAGCGGCUAGGCAAGGAAUAUGAGUACCAGAAACAGCGCUUACAACAGCAGCUAGCGAAAGCAGCUACAGCCAAUGCAGCUCUCAGACGGAAAAUAAAUGAGGUUUUGCAUGGUCUUGAUAUGGCGCUACCCCCUGUAUCUGUUUUAGAUGACGAAGAGGAAUCUGAUGUGACUCCUUAG